AUUGCAUUGCAGCCUUCGGUGUAUUGUCUACGACGUCGUCUGCUGCGGCACCACUCAUCGCAGACGGAAGAAGAGCCGUGCACGGAGACGGACUCGACCUUGGGAAGCGGCGGAUCGCCUCUCCAAAGAUAUCCCCGACAUGGCGAGAGCUGCUUGACGGGCGACCACACAGACCCUGACCCGGAGGCGUCGUCAGCAGCGCCAAGUGACCUGGCUCACUCGAGGGACGUUCGAACCUCGGACUUGGACUCGAGCGUAGUCAGCAGCAGCAGCACGUCGGUGCGAUGGACGACCGCGUACCCGACGUCCGAUUUCAGGAGAACCCUACACUACGACUCGCAUCCUCAGGAGGCCAGGGAAACAGAUCCAGACACGGAACUGGUCACCAGCGAGCAGAUUUCCUCGACGGAUGCCGAAGACACGCGGUCCGUGGGGACCGAAGACGUGUCCGAGGUUACCACGGCCAGCGAAAGCAGGAUCGACGACGACAAAGCCCAUGUCCAUUACGAACCAGACGUCGCAGCAGGUACCAGUCAAGCCAGUGCUGAAGCGUGCGUUGAAGCCACCGCUGAAGGCGAGACGAAAGCCGGAGCUCAAGCCGAUCCUGACACCAGCACUCGUAGCCAAGGCGAUGCCGAGGGCGACCAAUCGAGCGAAGCCGGUCCUUCUUCGGCGCCGAUGUUCUUGAGGCCCACCAUCGAAAUCGACACCAGUGACAUCCUUCACAAGGCUAAGCCGGAGAUAGACGAGGGCGACUUCGGCGUGGGGCCGUCGUACAAGAAGAUGACCGAGGCCGAGUUCGUGGCCCAGUUGAGCAUCCACGAGGCCGCGCGAACGGGCGACUUGCACGUCAUCAAGCUCCUGCUCAAGAGCGACUCCAAGCGCAUGGAGACAGUAGACGAACGAGGCUGGACCCCCAUCCACCUAGCGGCUGCCAAUGGACAAUCGGAGGUCGUAAAGUAUCUAGCGCUGGAAGGAGCCGAUGUGGCCGCGCUGGACCCGACCAGUUACACGGCCAUGCACCUGGCCGCCAUGAACGGACACAACUCCUGCCUCGAGGUGCUGCUCAAAGUCGGAGCUGACGUGGACAACAUCACGGCGGAUGGCUUCACACCUCUUCACCUGGCCGCCCUAAACAACUACGCCGACUGCGUGCGGACCCUAUUGUCCUGGGGCGCCAACCUGGCCAUCGAAGACGCCCUCGGCAGGACCGUCCAGGACAUGGUCGAAGAAUACGCACUGGACGACGUCUCCACGCUGCUCUCUGGCCUCUGGACGCACAUCGACAAGUACCGCCAAAACGGGCAGUCCGGGAACAGUCGCAAGCGGUCCACACGCAAGCUGGUCCAGAUGGCCGCGUCCUCCAUGGGCCAAGACUGACGUCGACGGUAGGAGGAAGUCCGAAAACAACACUUCAUUGUGCCUUUUUGACCCCCGAUCAUGCUCAGCCAUUACGAAUCAAUACCCUCAUCCCCAGCCUCCCACUUUCGACAGAUUGUUCGCAGACGAUACGCUUUCGGCGCCCACCAAGAAGAGACAGAAACCGGAAAGCCGUCUGCAUGGUGCAAACAAACUCUGUGAUCACGUGAUCAAUAUCAGCCAUACGCCGAUACGUGUAGCAGACGAGUGCGCGUGCACAGCGAUUAUAUCGCCACUAGGGAGAGUCGAAUAAUGCCUCGUAACACAGCCAGCUCCCAGACCAUCCGAUCCGAAUAUGUUUGAAGCAACUAGCACCUUGAAUUAAGGUUUACUCAGAGUUUGGCCAAGGGAUGAAGUUCCUUCUCGCCAAGUCUAUUCACCACCACGCUAACCAAAAGGGACUUUCCCGUUAGACACGCUCUCGGAUUCGACGACCCAAAAGUUAAACCGUUGUCAUCU